GAUGACGCCGACGUUGUUUGGCCCGUGACGCGGCUUGUACACGUAGCCCAGUAGGAUGUGUUCAUUGAAGAUGGUGGCGCUGUGUCAGACUCACCCUCCUGCAUACUUCUUCGUCUGAUUUAGUCUCUUCAGUGACAUCUGCUAGAGUGACCUGGUCCUCGGACCUGUUAGCUCUGCAACCAUGCAGCCCCCUCCGCGGACUGGACCCCCAGGAGCCUCUGGCCCUCCUCCCUCAGGGCCCAACAUGUUCCGCAGGACCAGGCCUCACAAACACACAGCACCAGCAGCAGCAGCUACUGCCACAAUGCCACCCGCUACCCAACCCAUGACAGACCCUUUUGCUUUUGUUAGAGCUCCUCCUCCUAUGGCUGCAGGUGGUCUCCCGACGCUUUCGAGCAGCAACCCUCCACCCAUGCAGGCCCCACCUAACACCAUGUACUCUCAAGCUGGUGGAGGGCUGCCUCCACAGCCACGGACAUUGGAGGAUGUCCCAGCUGCUCCUUCUGGUCCCCCACCAUCCUCUGUGUCAGGGGUGACACUGUUUAACCCUCACAGCACAGCAUCCCCUGGUGGUUUCCCAGCUCCGAGCCCCUCAGGAUAUGCAUCCUCCCAUACUGAACAGGGCUAUUUUAAUUCAAGAGAACAGCCACCAUCCACGGCCACAGAGCCACCACCUGUCUCCUCAGCCCCAGCGCCAAGUCAGAUACCGUUUAACCAGGAAUUUCAAGGACAGCCACCACCUCAGCCUGUGCCCUUCCAGCCAGCUCCUCCUGCCACCUCCUCUUCCCAAUGGGCCCCUGAUCAUGGAAGUCGCCCUCCAUCAGUUCAGAACUACUUCCAGCCUACUAGUGACCCUCCUCCGCAGCCUUUUAACAUACCUCCACAGCCGCAGAUGUACCUGUCCCACGCCCCAUCGCCUCAUCACAACACCCCAACCUCUCCAACACAUCUUGGACAUCCCCAGAUUCCAGCUCCUCUUCCUACCCAGAACCCUGUAAAUGUCCCUGGUUUUCAAUGGUCUGACCCAAAUGCAACCCAGCAGCAUAAUUCACACUUCCAAACUCAAAGCUACUUUAGUCAGAGCUCUGCCCCUCAAGACUCUUGGUUCAGCCAACCGACACAGGACUCGGGCUACCAUCAAAUGGGGACUGGCCCGGUCCAUUCUCAGCCCAAACCUGACGCUCAACAUGCGUCCAGUUUUGAGCCUGAGCCUGGGCCUAGUUCUGCCCCUCCUCCGUUACCAUACUCUCAGGAGUCUGGCACACUCUCUAUGUUUUUCAAGGACAAUGAUGUGGAAAAUGAGGAAACACUGGCUGGAGACAGAAAUAAAGCAGUGAAUGGUAUUCCUGGAUCCUUUCAGCAUCACAACAACCCACAAACCCACAGUGUCCACGCAGAUGUCUCUAUGGAUUAUCAAGGACCUUCUCUUCAGGAUCAUUCACAUGUACCGUACAUGAAUGAUGGCAACCAUGCGUCACAGGGAAGUACCCAGAAGCGGCCUGAUUCUCAGUACGACCAUGUGGAAAAUUUGGAGUGUGUACCAAAUCAGGAAGUAUUACCCAGUGAAGCUCAUGGUAGUCUUGCUGCUAUUGCAGUAAAUGAAGUUGACCAGUUUGAAACCGGGCCUAACCUGGAGACUCCAGAUUCUGUUCCAAGACCAAUGAGAUCUGCCAGUGUAUCAUCCAACUAUAGCAACAUGAGCCAUGGAAGUGGAACUGGCCCUCGUCGGCACCAGGGAGUAGUAGGCACCUUCAUUCAGCAGGAAAGCCCUCGUCUCAUUGAUGAUGCUAACCUGUCUGCUGCCACCGGAGGUUACUUUGAGCAGAUUGACACUUCUCCAGCUGGAGAUUUGGGUGCAAGGCAGAACUCCCAGGAGCAGAUGUGGCAACCCACACCUAGCCCUCCCAAACCAACUGGUAUCUUUCAGGCAAGUGCUAACAGCUCGUUUGAACCUGUUCGCUCGCAUAGUGUUGGGGUGCGUCCUGCUGAAGUUGAUAUGGCUAAAAUUGUGGCAGAAGGGGGCUCAGAUUCUACACCUGGCAACCUGGAGCAACCACCAGAUAAUAUGGAAAAUAUUUAUGGGCCAGGACACCCCUUGCUUCCUGGGACUGGAGUAAGUGUACCUCACCUAACACACCCAGUGGUUCAUUCUCACUCUCGACCUUCAUCCCGUGCUCAUGGUGCAAGUCGGCCCUGUGAGAGCCCUGCCACCACUCUCUGGGCGCAGUCUGAUCCUACUAGCUUGGGUGCUAACAUUCUCCUAGCCCCUGCUGCCCCAACAGUUCUUGCCCCUUUACGAGAGCCCAGUGCUGACGUUAUCCAACCUCCAGAGGAUGGUCCCCUGGACCUCCAGGCCUCCCAGAGAUUUCAGCCAACCUCACAGCAGCACUCAGAGAACCUAGAGAACCCACCAAAGGUGAGUGAUGCAGAGUCAACUGACGCUCAAGGCAACAUGGGAUAUGCAUCUCUCCUGGUGACUGAUUCUCGCCAGCAACCUGUCUUGAUUGCCCCGCCUGUGUCAAAUUAUAGUGUGAUUUCCCCCAGUCCCUCUCUUCAACCAGCCAGUCAAAUUAGCCUUAGGGAAACGACCCCACCUGUGAGAUCAUACGCACAAGGACAGGGUGCCAGUACCUCCCAAUCACCUCCAGUAGCCUCUUAUCCAAAUCCACUGUUUCCCCCUGGACCAAUGAGCUUCGGUUCUUCAGCCUCCAACCACGGUCCGCUCAAUCUGACCCGCGACCACACAGAGGCGGCAACAUCAGAAGUCACAGCUAAGCCAGUCCGCCCUCCUCUUUCAAGGGGCCAUACAGACAGUUACUCUGCUCUCCAAGUUAAUCCACAGGCUUCUCUCGUGACUGCUACUGUCUCCAAUCACAAUCAGCCAUCAAAUUAUGAACUGCUUGAUUUUUCUAUGCACCAAUCACAAACCCAAAACCAAGCAUCCGGCCAUCCUCCCUUCUUACACGAGUCUUCACAGUCUAGUAAUGGAUUUUACCUACAGGUAACCAAAGAUGCUCAGCAGGGGUUAAGAAUGGAAGGGAGUGCCCCUAUCCAGACCCCAGCCUCUUCAUCUGCCCCACAGGUACUGUCAGCAGCUUCCCAAGCAGCUGCAAACAUUGAGCCGCCACCAGCAGAACUUCUUAAGUCAUCAGAUCGUCAGGCUGCACUUCAGGGACAGAGUGAUGCUCCUGCUGUUCCAGUGAGUGGAGCACAACCCUCCCAUGGCCAGUAUCCAGCUCCAGCCCAGGGGCCUGCUGCAGGGAGUGCUCCUCCUGUUGUUGCUGCUGCUGCUGCCGCUGCUGCUGCAUACCCCCCAGGGUCUCGAGGACCAGCUGUUGCGGAGCCACCACGACCACCCUCGUCUGCAGGUAGCCAGCAAGGCUAUGGGCCACCUGCUCUACAGCCAGGACAGAUGUAUGGUGGCUACUAUGGAGAAUACCCGAAUAGCAGAGCACCAUAUCCUCCUGGCCAGUACCCUCCUCCGCCUGGGGAUCCAAGAGCACAGCAAUAUUAUCAAGAUGGUCAAUACAGGAGCCGAACAGAUCCUUGGUAUGGCAGAUAUGAUGGGCAGACCCCAGCUUAUCACGAUCCAAACUACCAGUACAGAGAGCCUCAGCCAGAGCGACCCAGCUCCAGGGCUAGUCAGUACUCUGACAGGCCCUCAUCCAGACAAGGCUAUCCUGAGGAUUACCACAGAGCAAACCAAAAUGCCAAUAAUGUAUAUUAUGCAGAUUACUCCAAGAACUAUGAUUACAGAGGAUACAACUAUGGACAGUAUGACCCUCGAUACAGAGGAUACUAUGAUCAGGCCUACUGGUCAAAUUACGAUGACAGAGGCAGAGAAAACUACUAUAAUCCUCAGAUGUAUCCUGCCAGGAAAGAUGGCUACGAUGACCAGUGGCGGUACUAUCCUGGUUAUGAUCCCAGUUUUGAUGACGAGUACCAGCGACGUGCAGAGGUGUACGCCGAUGAGUUUGACCGUCGCAGCGUCCACAGCGAGCAGUCGGCACACAGCGUGCACAGCUCCCAAAGCCACCACAGCAGACGAAGCAGCUUCAGCUCACGGUCACAACAGAGCCAGGUAUACAGGAGCCAGCCUGACUUGGUGUCAGCAGUCUAUGACACCACGGCCUCCACUCUGGCCGCGGACUACUCCUACGGACAAUACCCAAACCCAGCUGAUUCCACCCAGAACUACAGCCAGUACCUAUAUCCCUCUGAGUACACUGCAGACAGCACAUGGAUCACCCCUGAGCAACCCCCCCCUCGUCCUGCAACCCCAGAGAAGUUUGCCAUGCCCCACCGCUGUGCCCGGUUUGGUCCUGGUGGUCAUCUGGUUCAAGUUCUGCCCAAUCUCCCUUCAGCUGGACAGCCCGCUCUAGUUGAUGUCUACAACAUGGAGACCAUGCUGCAGGACACCCCUGAUCAGGCAGAACUGCGAGCCUUCCCUGGACCUCUUGUUAAGGAGGAGACCCACAAGGUGGAUGUGAUCAAGUUCUCCCAGAACAAAGCCCUGGAGUGUUCUCGUGACAACAACCUCUUGGACAGGGACUCCGCCCGUUUGCUCUGGGACUUCAUCGUUCUGCUCUGUAGACAGAAUGGGACUGUUGUCGGCACGGACAUCGCUGACCUCUUGCUGAAGGAGCAUCGCUCCGUUUGGCUACCGGGCAAGAGUCCGAAUGAAGCCAACCUGAUCGAUUUCAACAAUGAACCACUGGCACGAGCCGAGGAGGAGCCGGGGGCAGGACCACUCUCCCUCCUCUCCGACACCUUCAUGACUGUCCCUGAGAACAUUGGCAAGGAAACGGAGCGCUUCAGGGAGCUCCUUCUGUUCGGCCGCAAGAAGGAUGCACUAGAGGCAGCCAUGAAGGUUGGUCUCUGGGGCCACGCCCUACUGCUGGCCAGUAAGAUGGACAACAGGACACAUGCACGUGUCAUGACAAGGUUUGCCAACAGUUUGCCCAUCAAUGACCCUCUGCAGACAGUUUACCAGCUGAUGUCUGGGAGGAUGCCGGCAUCAGCCACUUGCUGUGGAGAGGAGAAGUGGGGCGACUGGCGCCCUCACCUGGCCAUGGUGCUGUCUAACCUCACACACACCCUGGACUUGGACACACGCACAAUCACCACCAUGGGCGACACUCUGGCUUCCAAGGGGCUGAUUGACGCUGCACACUUCUGCUACAUGAUGGCCCAGGUUGGACUAGGAGUGUUCACGAAGAAGAGCACCAAGAUGGUUCUGAUUGGCUCCAAUCACAGUUUUCCCUUUUACCAAUUUGCGACCAAUGAAGCUAUCCAGAGGACUGAGGCCUACGAGUAUGCUCAGUCUCUCGGCUCCCAGCCCUGCUCACUGCCCAAUUUCCAGGUGUUCAAGUUGAUCUAUGCAUGCCGCUUGGCUGAAGCCGGCCUGAGUGCCCAGGCCUUCCACUACUGUGAAGUCAUUUCUCGGACUGUCCUCACGCAGCCCUCUUUCUACUCUCCUGUCUUUAUUAGACAAGUCAUACAGAUGUCGGAGAAGCUGCGGUUCUUCGAUCCACAACUGAAGGAGAAGCCUGAGCAGGAGUUGUUCAAUGAGCCUGAAUGGCUGAUUCACCUCAGACAGUUGGAUGGACAGAUCAGGACGGGGGUGAUCACUUACAGUGCAGAAAGAACAACUCCCACGCAGUACGACUGCAGCAGCCCCUCUGACUUGGACCAGCCCAGUCCACCUGAACCUUACAGCAUGCCGGUGGAGAUGGAUGGCCCCACUCCUGACAACCAACUAAUGAGCUCAUUGCUGCCUGGGCCUCCACCACAGGGAGUACAGCUGAUGCCUCCAGCACCCACAUCCAUUCUCCAAGAGGGGAUGGCCCCACCUCAGCCUCUACCCCCCAGUGAUGUGCCCCAGUUCUACCCAGUCCCUCCCAGUGGACCACCAGGUCUGAUGUCCGUCGCAGGCUACCCCCCACAGGAUCCUGGCUUUGCCCCUCCUCCCUUCCAGCCUCAACCUGAGCAGUCAGAGAUGUAUCCAGGAUCCCACCAGCAGCCGUUUGCCCCACCUACUCAAUUGGGCCAAAUGCCUCCACACAUGCCCCCUCAAGUGCCGCAUUCACCCAUGCAGAUGAACCACCCGCCACCCCAGAUGCCUCAGCACAUGCCCCCUUCACCCGGGUACAUGCCACCUUUAGAGCAGCCAUACCAGCCCCCGCCAGAGAUGCAGCCUGCUCAGCCAAUAUCAUCUUCCCCACGCAGAAACUCCUUCACACCUCAGAUGGACUUCUAUGACCACAUGGCUCACAUGGGUCCUGGGAGAUCGAGGACCACUUCACAAUCUUCAAUGCAUAUGGCUUCGGGACGUCGCUCACGCACCACCUCAGAGUCUUCCACUCACUCUGUCGGACGAGAGCGCAGCAACUCGACCGUCACACAGAUCUCUCCACAUCCGCCUUCAAUUCCUGAACAGCCCCGCGCAGAAGAGGCCAAGAAAGUCAAGAGGGACUCGCCUAAAAAGAGCGGCGGCAUCGGCGGCGGUGGUGGUGGUGGUGGUGCCGGUGGUGUUGUCGGCUGGCUGAAGUCGUUCUAUGGGAAGGGGAAGAACGAGGCUCACUUGCCAGAUGACAAAAACAACUCUAUUGUGUGGGAUGAGAAGAGGCAGAGAUGGGUUGACUUGAACGAGCCCGAGGAGGAGAGUAAGCCCCCUCCGCCACCUCCCUCUGGCUUCCCCAAGAUGCCCCCGAUGCCUGGCCCCGGUGGGCCAGCUGCACCUCCGAGCGGCGGUCCUCCUGUUAACAUGUUCUCCAGGAAGGCAGGCACUAAGAGCAGAUACGUGGAUGUUCUGAACCCCAGUAGAACAGCUAGACCUGCUGGAUUAGCCCCUGCUCCAGUGGACAUCUUUGCUCCUCUUGCGCCGAUGCCCAUGUCCGCUAACCUAUUUGUGCCUAGUUCAGCUCCUGACGAUCAACAACCUCUGGAGGGCAGUGAAGGAGGACACCAGGAGCAGAAUUCACCCAACACCAGCGCUGCUCCACAGAUGUUCAACCCAACUUUGUUACCACCUGCCCCAGAGGGUGCUCCCGUCCCCGAUGGCUCACAUUCUGGGGAGCUCUCACGUUCUAGCUCAAUGAGUUCUUUAUCACGCGAAGUGAGUCAGCAUUUAAACCAGAGUCAUCCUCCGCAGGGAGCCGCACCCACAGGAGGCGUCACCUUUUAUAACCCGGCACAGUUUGCACAGGUGUGAAUUUAAAAAAGAAAAACAAGUGCACCACCAGGAGGUGGACUCCGCUCGGGUCGUCUGGGCGGUCAGCGCCAGUACCCGGUGAUGAAGUAACAUCAUCUCGCGGAGAGAUUUGCGCAAACAGACUUGUUGGACUGAGCGAUAUCCUCCCUGAAAUUAAAUGAAGCACAUGGACGUACUGCUCUCUGUCUUAAGGACCCUCCUUUUCUGCUUGCACCCAAGAAGAGCAUGAAGAGUCUCCAUCAUGUCUUUGUCAAACAGUUGAACCACUCUGUCAUCUCUUUUAGUUCAGUUAAUUGUCACUGGAGUAUUUCCAAAGGCCUGGCGUUUCCACAAAGGGCUUAUUCCACCAUCCAAACGGAAAACUGAAAGUUGUAUAAUGUGUUUUAACACAAAGUAAGUGUAUCUAUGGAUUAUGUCGGCAUAAUUUAAUGUACAAUGAUGAUGCGUCUCCUGUGAGCUGUCCAGCCUUCCCCUCAAAUCCAACACAGCUCACAGAAAUGAUCGUCCCACGUCUGACUCAAGGUUUCCCUCUGUACGUCCAAAUGUCCAUAUUCGCUCGAUAGGUCGUGUGCGACGGAUAGAAAGAAAGAGGCGCCUUUUUAAACUUCAUAUUGUUAUAUUGGACUUGUUGGUGCAUCCUGCAGCGCUUCAGUGUCCCUCUGUCUGCUGGAGAUGGCAGUUUGUGUGUGAGAAUGAAUAUGUCAAUAGUGCAUUGUCUGCUGUGUCUUUUGCUUUUCCUCAGUCGUCCUAAAGGAGGGAUGUUGGGUUAUGCAGGAGAGAGAGAGAGAGAGAGAGAAUCAAACCUGCUUCGCAGCCUGAGAGUUGGAGGAAGUCGGCAGUGUUCGGACGCUGCUCGUUUCAGAUAUUUAUUUAAACCUCCUCCUGCCCAACAACAACUCUUCACUUUAUAAAUGUCUCAGUGGGGGGGCUUUCGUCCCAAUAAUAACGAAACGUGGGGGGGCUAUCGGAGGAAUCCAGAUUAAAAUGCAUUUUAAGAAUCGCUAAAAAAAUAAAUCUAUCCAAAUAUUUGUAUAUCAGAUUGAUUGUAUUUAUGAGCUGUAGGCAAAAAGGUGUGUCUGUGCGCGUGUGUUUGGAGAGCAACUAAUUCUUUUUUUCUGAAUAGCUUUGACAAAAUGCAUUUAUGAUUGACCAGAGGUGACAUGGAUUCAUAUUCUGAUCAUUUAUGUUGAUCUUUUACACACAAAUGAAUCUUAGUUGUGAAUUGAGAGCUAAUUGCACUCAAAUGACUUUGACAUGAAUUUACAGCUAUGUUUUUUUUUCUUACCCCUCUUCAAUCAUUUGUCAUCCCAAAAUGUUUCUGAUUCAGUGAUCAUAUUUUUUUGUAGACUUCCAUUUAUGAUUUUAAAAGGCCCCAUUUUGUUUCAGAGAAGCAGCUUGUUUUACCCAAAAUGCUAUAGAUUUCCUCAUGUAAAAAUUCUUGGCAAAACCGUAAGAAAAGGUAAAAACAUAAUGGUAAUAAAGGUAUUUUUGUGCUCUGUAGCACCAUGAAA